CCAAGUCGACACUCUACCAAAACAAACAUCGUAAAUAUCUGACCGGGUCGGGGGAAUCUGCCUGGGUAUAAAAAUGCAGAGGUACACUUUCCAGCUAUCAGUCGGUAAUCGGAUUUCAGAUAUGAUGGAUGAGCAAAAAGAAAACAACAAGCCGCAGGUGAACGGUGAAAAAGAUACCCCGGUGAAACGGGCCCUGGUCAAUGGAAGCUCCCCCUCCUCCUCCUCUUCGGACAAUUCGGCCGUAUUUAGGGACAGCAAAGUUAGGAGUAUCGCAGAGAGAAUUGAACAGAAUAUCAAAGAAUUGGACAAGCAGAGCCUUGCAGACAGGAAGCCGCUGUAUACCGCGGAGGAAGAGAAGAAGUUGCUUGACAGAUACACGAGUUUCCCGAAAGAGAAAAAAGAAGUGCAUUAUAAAUUCUUCAAAAAGGCAGACAUUUACAAUUUAGGAUUUUUGACAAUUUAUCAGUUCGCGCAGGCUGUGCGGAAGCAAGGAUUCUCGGGAAAGGACUCGGAAAUAGCGACUAUGUUUGUAGACCUCGAUGCCAAUAUGGACUGCGAGGUGACACUCGAAGAAUACAUGAACGAAAUGGCAAAGAAGGACGCCAAAUCAAGAACGGAGGCUGAAAUGUUGGACAUCUUCAGAAAAUUUGACAGAAACAAAGAUGGCUACGUCACGCGGGAAGAGUUGCAGACGACACUUGAAGAAUGCAAAAUGAGGCUUCUUGAAAUCGACAUGGACGAUGUUAUGAAGAAGGCGGACAGAGAUGGCGACGGCAAACUAUCCUUUGACGACUUCAUCAAAUCCUGCCGCUUCAAAAAUCAAUGAAAAUUGUUCCGAAUUUCCUAUGUAAUCAUGAGCUAACUUGAAGAACUGCCGUUCCUCUUAUUACUCAAUAUUCGUCAAUAUUUCCAUGGUCAGCUUCCUAUAUAGCGGAAGAUUGAGUGAAUAUGUGCGUUUUUUGGCACACUCUACGCAAUUCUGUACCAGUCGUUUAUGUUUUUUUAUUUAAGCUCAGGACGCUCAGAGAUAGACAAAAUCUGUUGAUGCAAUAUGGGAUAUUCGAAUUUUGCAUUUUAAAAGUUGUAAAAAAGAGUUUUUAUGCUUGCCAAAUGCUGUAUCAAUUUCUUUGUUACUUGAAUAUAUUAUACGUGUAUUAUCAUUAAAUUUUUAUUACAAAUGGUA